UGCUACACUAGUAUAUAGGAGCGCUCUGAUUGGAGCGCAGCAGAAAGACCGGAGGCUGAGCGGCGGACAGUCACACGCUACGAUAUGGACUACUGUUGAUUUACUUACAGACUGAGCGGCAUCAUGAAGUUUCUGCUUGUAGCAGUUUUAACGGCUCUCUUCGCCGCCGCCCAAGUUUCUAGCGAGGAAAACGACCUAAAAGAAGACACUGAUUACUGGACGAGCACUAAUCAAAUCCAGAAUGGAGGGAUUUCCGAUGACCCAUUCAGAGAAGCCCUACUGAGGAUGACACGGAAACCAAAGGCACAUCAUUUUAUUGGCCUGAUGGGGAGGCGCUCAAUGGGACAUAAAAUGAAUUCCUUUGUUGGACUGAUGGGGAAGAGGAGCCAAGCAGAACCAGAGUCUUAUGACUGGAGCACAGUGAAGAUGUAUGAAAAGCGCCGCUAAACAGCCAUCAUGUCCUCUGCUUCUCAGCAGUCAUGCUUCAGCCACAGGAGGAGCACCAGAGGCUGAUUUUGUUUUUCUCCAAGCUGUGUCGAUGUUAGCUGAAUAAAAAAAAUUACAUUUUUUAGUUGUACCUGUGCCAUUUUCAUUUAUCCCAGUAGAAGGAAGAGCGGUGUGAGAGCAUGUGUCAUUAGCAAUGUUAAAUAAUUUCUGCUCACAAGUUCAACCGUCUGCCAUACCACCAAGACCAUGAAAGAAAAGCCACACCCCAGGGUAUGCUGAAAAAUGUGCUGUAUAGUGCCUCAUUUGUUCUGUUAAUAAUGCAACAGUGGGACAGGUUUUCAGUUUGGAUUUCAAGUGAAUUUUAGAAGCUGUCUUGUUCUUUGUCUGCACGUGU